CGGACCAUUGCAGAGGGUGACGUCUAACUCGACGUCGAUAAGCAUCUGCAGAAUCUUGGCUUCGAGCUAACGGCUUCUCCACCUGCACCAUCUAUACUUUCCACGUGUGAGACCUCGGCUGAUUUUCGGGCCGCCGGUGACUUUUCAUGGAGAGAUCCCCAUUUUCAUCCCAAUCAACGUUCCUCUUCGGUCUGAUCACACCAUGGCGUCCCUGCAUGAGUCCGUUCGACUUCCCUGCGGCUUGGUCUUUCCCAACCGCCUAGCCAAGGCUGCCAUGGCCGAGUCGCUGGCGGGGUCUGUCAAUGCCCCGACACCGACGUUGCUCGAGGCGUAUAACCAAUGGAGCCAAGGUGGCUGGGGUGCUCUUCUUACCGGAAACGUCCAAGUAGACGUGGAUCAUCUCGGUACCCCGCGUGAUGUUGCCCUGCACGCUGAAUACACCGGGAAAGAAGGCAACGAAGCACUCGUGGAAAACUGGACUCAAUAUGCCCAGACCUGCCAGCAGCAUGGCACCCCGUGCAUCGUACAGGUCUGUCAUCCCGGCCGACAGUCGCUUCGGUUUGCGGGUCGCCGAGGUAUCUUUGCGCCGCCAAUUGCACCGAGUGCUGUUCCUAUGCAGAUGGGAGACGGCUUGGUACAGCGACUGAUUAACUGGCUCGUUUUCCCUCCGCCUCGUGAGAUGACCCAGGCCGAUAUCGACCGCGUUACUCGUCAGUUUGUUGACGCGGCCCGUCUGAUGGCCGAUAGUGGAUUCGCUGGGAUUGAACUGCACGGUGCCCACGGUUAUUUGAUUGACCAAUUUUUGAACUCCAAGUCCAACAAACGAACCGAUGCAUACGGCGGUUCGGCCGAGAACCGAGCCAAGUUUGUCGUGGAUAUGAUUCACGCCAUCCGCGAGGCCGUGCCUCCGACAUUUGCCGUUGGCAUCAAGCUCAACUCCGCUGAUCACAGCUCGUCCACAUUCGAAGACACCAUGACUCAGAUCCAGCUUCUUACGGAAGCGGGAAUCGACUUUCUCGAAGUCAGCGGCGGCAGCUACGAGAACCCAACUAUGAUGGGACCUGAGAAGAGCCAGCGCACGGUUGCCCGUGAAGCGUUCUUCAUCGAGUUCGCCACCGAAACCCGCAAGCGAUUCCCGAAUCUUGUACUCAUGUUGACGGGUGGUUUCCGGACUCGUGCUGGCGCCGAGUCGGCCCUGAAACAGAAUGCGUGCGAUGUGGUUGGGAUUGGCCGUCCGGCGGCGAUCAAUCCUAAGCUGCCUCUGGUCCUCUUGGAUGAGAGCAUCCCGGACGAGGAGGCUCAGUUGAUUCUGAAGCGGGUUCCGAUGCCAUUCCUGGCACAGCUGCUCUCGUUGAAGGGCGUGGGUGCAGGGUUGGAGUCGAGCUUUUAUGCGAAACAGAUCCGGCGGCUUGCCAUGGGGCUGAAGACUUUUGUUCCUGCUUGAGCUUAUGUAUGUUGUGUAUAAUAGGGAGUGGUUUAGAUAGAGCUAUAGAUAUUGCCAUCGCUAUCACCUGGUUUUCUCGUUGGUGUGCAUUCGGCGGUUAACCUUGCAACUGACCGAACAGCUGGACAGUGAUCUGUCAGUCUGUCAGACGAUCUUGUCUUGAGCCUGGAACCCAAGAGAUAUGCAUGAUACUCUACCAACACCCAGCAACAGCCACAAAUCUAUCCGCACCAUAAUUGUG